UUUGUUUUUGUUCUCUAACGAAAAUAAAGAAAAUUUAAAUGUUAAUUAUUUCUUGAAAGAAUUUGUUCACUUUAAUUUUUAAUAGUUUAGUGAGUUUAUAGUUAAAUUUUACAAACACUCUUUUGAUUCAGUUUUUUCCAGUUAAAUGGAAAACUUAAACGUUUUUGAAUCUGAUGGAAGUUGUUACCAAAAUGCUGGACUAUUCCCUGAAAAUACUGUUGUCCCCGGUAAUGUUGUGAGGGGAAAGUCAUUUGUGUAUUCAAGUGCUAGCUUGAACAGACGUCAGGCACAAUCCUUUGAAAAGGUAGCAAAAGUUAAGGAUAAUAUAAAAGUUACAUGCAAUAUAUGCCAGAUAACAUGUGAUGGCCAGAAACAAUAUGGCGAUCAUUUAAAUGGCCAGAAGCACAAGAAGAAAGCUGAAAUGGCGGAGAGGAUUGCACAUCAGUCAGAAAACAACAAAGCAAGUGUGGUUGUUAGCGAUUCAUUCCAGCAAAAGCAAGAGCAACUGAAACAACUUAUCCAAUCGGAAAAAGAACAAAGUAUUUUAAGACAAAAACAAGAAAAGGCAUUGUCAGAGAACAAAACAACCCAUCAACAACUACAUAGUUCAGCAGCUGAUGAACAGUUGUCAGACGAAGAUGGGAAGAAGACGCAAGUUCUUUUGAAGCAGAAGAUGCAAGUUCCAUCUCCGAACAUUCCUUUCUACUGCAAGCUCUGCAAUGUUUUAUGCAAUAGUUCAGAACCUUUCAAACUUCAUCUGACGGGUGCUAAGCACCUUAAGAAACUUUCGAAACAGAAUGAUUCUUUAGAAAAAAACAACAACAACAACAUUAACAUCACCAAUAUUGCUAGUAACAACAGCAACAACAAUAACAUCAAUAAAAGUAAUGCCAAUUCAGAAGCUAAUGUUGUUUUGGCAAAUACUGAUGAUGCUGAUGCUAAUACAAAGACAAUUGAUACUUUGUUUGACCAGCUUCUUGGCGCUGAUUAUCUGAGGGAGUUGUUGAAUGAGAAAGGAAUAAUAAAUUAUAGGUGUGAGUUGUGUUCGGUUACUAUACCCGAUGCUCAUCACACAAAAUUUCAUCUGGAGGGUAGGAAGCACAAAGUGAAUUACAGGAAAAAAGUCGACCCUUCCAUAGUUCUGCCACCAAAGCACAUAAACAAAACACUGAAAUUGCAAGAGGCAAAAGCCCAGAAGAGAAAAAUUAAGGAAGAUUUUUGGAGGCAGAAGGAUAUGAUGAUGACGGGCAUGCCAGAUGCAUACAUUCACAAGAAAUGUAUUAGCUGUCAACCACUCCCUGCCAAGCUUCAGUAUGUGUUGAAUUUUGUUGAUCACUGUGAGCUAGCACUACAGAUUGUCUCAGAUAUCAUGGUCCUCGAGGAGCAGCAGAGACAAGAGAAACUAGACUCGUCAUUUACGACCCAACAACAACAACCUCAAACUAACAACAACAAUUACAACGACGAACAAGCCACAUCGACAUCAACAGCUGCAGCAGCUGCUGCAGCAACGGCAAAUGAAAAUGCCACACCACCAGCAGCCAGUGUUAAUGCCGAAAAGUUCAGAAUUUUGCAAGGAGCAAUGAGAGUAGGAGGUCUGUGCACCGGCCUCAUUCUCGACUCUGACGACAAAUUUGACAUUGUUGCUCUGACAUCUGUCAAACCCACUGUCGAAAUGUUGAAUUAUAUCUAUAGGUUGUUGCCUGACGCUUUGAAGAAAGUCAUUCAAAAAGUCAAAGACAACUCUGAAUCUCAACAGCAGCAGCAGCAGCAACCACAACAACCACAAUAUGAAUACGACCACGACAUUCACAUGAUAGAAGAUGACGACGAAAUACUAGUACAAACAUGCGAUAUGUAUCAAAUCUGUAUCUCAAUCCACCUAACGUCAUCAGUGUACGAUGACGAAUCUGCUGUACAUACAAAGGAGAAUGAUGAUACUAACAAUAAAGAUGGUGAUGUUGCUAUGCUAUGUGAUGAUGAUGACCAAAAUGAUGAUAAUAAAGACGUUUUAAUAAGCAAAGAGUUAUGCCUGCAAUGGUUGAAAGCCCUUAAGAUGGCCAAUUGGUUUCAGGUCAGGGCUAUGAAUUUAUUCGAAGGUUUAAAAGUUAUGAAGAUUUUUAAGAAGUUAAAGAUGGAAUGCAGAGACGUCGAGCCCAUUUCUGAUUGGGCCCUGGAAGUUUUAGUCGAAAGGUGUUCAUUUAUCGAGGGCACGAAGGCCACGCCAAGCGAUAUCUUCAGAUGUCUGCUGCAGGUUCUGGCUUCUGGCAUUUUACUAGACGGAGUGGGAUUGCAGGAUCCGUGUGAGAAUAGUUUGUGUGAUGUUUUUGGUGAUCUGCAAACGCAGCAAAGAGAGGAUUUGACUAAAUAUGCACAGACGGCCUUACGUUUGCUGACCUUUGAAAGACUGCAUACCGUACUUAGCAUGGAGAAGCUACAAAGGAAGAGUAUUAAGCCUCCGGAGAGCAAAAAGUUAAAAUCUAACAACGAUGAUGAUGACGAUAAUGAUAAUAAUAAUAAUAAUAGUAAUAAUAAUGGUAAUGAUGGUAAUGAUGAUGAUGAUGUCUCUGCUGUGCCUAGUAGGGAGCAUUUCGUCGUUGUUGAUGAUGAUGAUGAUAAUGAUAACAAAUGAAUAGCGUACUUUUUGCUGGCUCGCUUGAUUGAUUGAUUGAUUGAUUGAUUGAUUGAUUGACUGACUGACUGAUUGAACGACUGUUUGAUUUAUUGGUUGAUGGCUAGAUUGAGUCAUUCGUUCAUUUGUUUCGGAUAAAAUCUUAACUGAUUCAAAUUGAAAUUCUUGCGUGUUAAUGAAUAUUUAA